AUGGGGUUGACGGAGCAUUGGUCUCCCACAGACCCCAGACAUGUUGCAGCACAAUCACGGAUCACCCACUGCAGUUUUCAUAAGGCUGCUGAUGAUGUUGAGCAGCUUGUAGUGAUGCAGCUGUUAGAAUUGACCAAGCUGCAAAUGAGUGGGCUUGAGCAGGGUAUAAACUGCGAAACUCAGAUAUCCAAGGCUUUGAAGACUUGUGCAAAUGCAAUCCGUAAUGCCAUUGAACGGUACAACAAAUUUGCUGCACAACUAGAUCCCCUGCACCCUGAGCUUACUUGGGAGAAGAUUGCUGAAUAUUCUUUCGCAGGCAAAUUUGAUCUCCUAUGCAAAACCGACGAGCAAAUUCAUGCGAAGCGUUGGGCAAGUCCUGCCAAUCGUCAAGCUGCCAUACAAUAUUUUGAUGUUCAGCGCUCAAAGGAAGAGCUCACAAGAUGUAACAUUGAGAUUGUCCGGUUGCUAACAAAGAUGAGAGAUGAUGAAGAAGACUAUGCAAUGUCAAUUUCAAUGUUGCAGUCCACUGACCCUCCGCUUGCUGCAGAACUAGACCGUCAUUGGACUUAUCUCUGCAACGUCAACGCAGGGCACCAUAGCCGUAUUCAACAAAUCCAGCAACUUGCUGGUUAUACGGGGAGCUUCAGUCCAGGUUCUCGAGUCGGCUGCCCAGUCCAGCCUUCCAAUAGUGCUGCCCAUGGCUCAAUGCAUCAGGAGAUACAGGAUGAUGGGAAUGAUGAGCCUGAGGAAAUCACUGAUAUGCAGAGUGCACUGGAGGUUGUCUUGGGAUGCCCUGAUGAGAUAUGA